CUCAUACGAAGGCUCCAGAACAGUUCCACAGAUCCAGUAAUCCAGGUGUUUCGGGAACUCAGUUAUCUCAAAUUUCCAACAACGAGAAUUGAAGCCUUCGAAUUGGUCAUAUGUCAGGUAAAACUACUGCGCUUUAACCAUCUUCUCCUGAUCUACACCCCAAAUUCUGACCAUAACCAUAACCAUGUCGAGAUUCGACCCAUACCAGCACCUGGGUAUCCGUCCCAACCCUGACGGUACGCUCACUCGCCUAAGCAACUUCCCCAACACCGAGGCCAACCGGGCGGUAAUUCCAGGUCUCCCAACUGUCUCCAAAGAUGUCACGAUCAACGAUGAAACAAAGGUCUGGGCACGCAUUUUCCUCCCCGCCAAACUGCCCUCUAACGACAACACAGUGGCACGACUCCCCAUCCUAAUGUACUUCCACGGCGGCGGCUUCAUCUUCUACAGCGCUGCCAAUGUCUUAACUCAUCAAGCUUGCUCUGCCCUUUCCAGCGAAAUACCUGCCGUUGUUAUAUCAGUCGAUCAUCGCCUCGCCCCUGAGCAAAAGCUCCCUGCACAAUACGAAGAUGCGGUUGACACGAUCCUCUGGGUGAAGAAACAGGUUCUCGACCCAAAUGGAGAACAAUGGGUUAGAGAUUACGGAGAUUUUGCAAGAUGUUACCUCGGUGGACGUGGCAGCGGUGGCAAUAUUGCGUUCCACGCUGCUUUAAGAGCUCUAAACAAUGAUAUAAAGCCUUUGAAGAUUAAUGGUAUAUUUUUGAACCAACCAAUGUUUGGUGGGAAGCAAAGAUUGCCAUCGGAAUUAAAAUAUGCAACGGAUCAGGUGAUACCAUUGCCUGUACUUGAUCUACUGUGGGAGUUUGCGUUGCCUAAGGGAACCGACCGUGACCAUCGAUUUUGCAACCCGACGGAGGAUGUACCGUAUAUGAGUAAGGUCAGUUCAAUAAUAAGGAGGUGUUUGGUAAUCGGAUUCAGUAUAGAUCCAAUGUUUGAUAGGAUCCAAGCAUUAGUGGGAACGUUGGUGAAGUAUGGGGUUCAAGUUGAAGCACAGUUUGAUGAACAGGGGUUCCGUGACGUCGAUCUUGUGGAUUUUCGAAGAUCUCAGGCCCUUUUGAACAUUAUUCAGGAAUUUAUCAUUUGAAAUUACAAGUUUGUAUUAGUUUUCUAAGUCUCUCUAUGGGAUUGAAAUUCAAGCAAAGAUUUGUAAUGCAGAGAGAGCUCGUCAAGUUGGUCCAA